AUGCUCUUCGCUCAGCUCGUUAUUUUAGUGAUCAUUGUUAUGCUUUUACUCUGUAAAUUUGCAAAUAAGAUCAGAGGAUUACCACCUGGACCCACUCCAUGGCCAUUUAUUGGAAACACAUUCCAAGUCCCGGAAGAUCGAAUCGACAUAAUUAUCAACGAAUUCAAGAAGAAAUACGGUGGAAUUUUCACACUUUGGCUGCCGUUCCCGACUAUUGUCAUUUGUGAUUAUGAUAUGCUGAAACGAAACAUUGUCCGAAACGGAGAAGCAUUCUCUGGACGUCCGGACACUUUCAUAAUGGAUAUGUUGGUUCAAGGAAACUAUGGACUCUUCUUCAUGGAAAACAACUGGUGGAAGGCUCAACGCCGUUUCACAACUCAUAUCUUCCGUUCUCUUGGUGUUGGACAAGCUGGAACUCAGGAUACAAUUGCUUCGUUGGCUUCUGGAUUAGUUGAAAAAAUUGAUAAUCAGAAGGAUAACUCGAUUGAGUUGAGACCACUUCUUGUGCACGUCGUCGGAAAUGUGAUCCACAAGCAUUUGUUCGGAUUCACCCGUGAAUGGAACGAGACAGAAAUUCUCGACUUCCACGUGGCAAUCAAUGACGUUCUCGAACAUUUCACGUCUCCAAAAACUCAACUUUUGGAUGCCUGGCCAUGGCUCGCUUAUCUCGAUAAACCAUUGAGUCUCGGUAUUCCAAGAACUACAAGAGCGAAUGAUGCGAUUAUUCAGAAUCUUGAGCAGGCCCUUGCCAAACACAAAACCGGAAUAAACUACGAUGAAGAACCCUCGAGUUACAUGGAUGCUUUCCUCAAAGAAAUGAAGAUUCGAGCUGCCGAAAAUGCACUUGAAGAUGGAUUCACUGAGAAACAGUUGAUUGUGGCAAUUUAUGAUUUGUACUCGGCUGGAAUGGAGACAAUUAUCAUUGUCUUGAGAUUCGCCUUCUUGUAUUUGGUCAAUAAUCCAGAGACUCAAAAGAGAAUUCACGAUGAAUUGGAUAAGAAUGUUGGAAGAGAAAGACAAGUCGUAAUGGAUGACCAGAAACAACUUCCCUACACCUGCGCAUUCCUUCAAGAAGUCUAUCGUCUCGGCUACGUUCUUCCAGUCAAUUUCCUCCGUUGCACCCUUGUAGACGUGGAAGAUUGCGAAGGAUACCGUCUGAAUGCGGGAACUCGUGUCAUUGCUCAAUUCCAAUCAGUUCAUGUCGACAAGAAACAUUUCCCCGAUCCAGAGCACUUCAAUCCUGAUAGAUUCUUGAAUGAACGUGGAGAAUACAUCCGUGACGAUCGAGUAAACCCAUUCUCAAUGGGAAAACGAUCAUGUCUUGGUGAAAACUUGGCUCGUAUGGAAGUGUUCUUAUACUUCUGCACUCUCAUGCAAAACUUUGAAUGGCAUACGGACGGUCCUUUUGCUCCACCAAUUGACGUCAUCACUUCUUCACUUCGUGCUCCAAAACCAUUCACAGUUCGUGCCACUCGGCGAUGA